AUGCGACUCACGUUUUACAGAGUCCCUUACAAGAACAAUGCCCGCCUGCUGGAAACCGGUCACCGCCCGUAUUCUUGUCCCGGACCGGUGAAUAGCGCUCCGGAGCAAAACAGGCCGGACCUUGAAACAUUCCACGAGACGACCGAGAACUUGGCCCGUACCAGAAGGCCGAGUUCCUGUAGUGGGCAUUGUAGGCCGCAGGGACCACUCUCCGGGGGCCUCCCAUUGGGCGGGACAGUGCUCCGCCUCAUGCGGCAAGAACCCCCACUCGAAGAACCGGGUGGCGGUCGACCUGCCACCGGAACGGCAUUCAAGAGCCGCAGAGCGAGCUGGUUUGCGUGGGCCUCGAACGGUGCGCGGAAGCCCCAGGACAAGGAGCCAUUCGCUCGCUCGCGUCUCGAAGCAGCAGCGGCUGCUUCUCCUGCCGUUGCUGCCGAGGUCGCUCGCUCUGAGCGCGCUCGUCUGUCAGCCAGAGCAGCUAACUUUCUCUCUCUUUCUCGCUCGUGGCCCGAGAAGUCAAUCAAAUGGGGUGAAGAUCAGCAGACGUACAGUACUGCCGUAGUGAGUACUCGAGUAGUGAGUCAUGGAGAGAGCCAGCUUGCGUAGCAUAGGUGGAUUUUUUUGGGUUGUGCGGCGAGUAGAAUCGGUUGCGAAUCAUUCAUUUUCGUUUCCGAAUGAAGGCCCAGUGUUUCCGAAGCCUUCGCAAGUUGUGCCUCGAGCGUCCGAACCACAUCGUCGAUUAGGUCCAUGAUGAAGUUUGGCUCGACUUCAUCUCCUGCUUCAGUACAUUUGGGCUCUUUAAUAGCAUACUUUACGUGUGCAUUAUUUUUUUCCGUGAGAGGCCCGAAGAAUCUCCAGAAUCAUGGAACUGCUGCUUUUUGUUCUCCUUUGUAAUCUUCAUUUCGUCUUCUUCCCUUGAGAUCCUUCCAUCUUCUUCCCAGCUUAUGACAAACUAGCAGCCAGCGUAGAAAUUCUCUCGCUGCAACUAGCACUGACCUUGACAAUCCUCCAAGGAGACAAUGCCUCGACAGACGCUCACGCCAAAUGCAAUGAUCUGAUCUCUAUGCCGGUGGCUCUCAAUAACAACAAGACAUGUACAUAAAUAAAUAUCACUGUAAAUAUUCUUGUCGUGGCAUCUCGACUACAACAACAGUUACAACAUUGUCAACAACCCAAAAGAUGAAAUAACCAAACCGCUUUCAUGAGGACACGAGGCUUUCAAACUCAGCGAAGGACAGAGAGAGAGGACGCUUCCUUCAAGGACGAAAAGC